AUGGCUACGCCAGCUGCAUUACCGCCGCUGCCCUUCAACCCGUCGCGGGUUCGAUCAUAUCUGAUGCGGUUACCCUUGUUCACUCGGCUGGUACUGCUGGUUAUCGUUGCUUUCUGGCUGUUAGAAUUGCAAACUCUUUGGAGCGUGGUGCAAUGGGGCUCCCUCACUCCCGAUGAGAUCAACCUUGGGUCCAUGUAUCGCCUCAACACCUAUCCGAUCAUCCACACUGGAUUUUUCCAUGCCCUUAUUAAUACAUUGGCAUUGACGCCGCUUCUGGAACGGUUCGAGGCUGAGCAUGGUACUCUGACUGCCGUUGCCUUGUUUGUUGGACCGCUUUCAACUUUCCCUGCCGGUCUUUAUCUCCUGAUCGAGAAAGGUAUCCUCCAUUGGAACACACCAGUCAUCGGAGCAAGUGUCUGGGUUUUCUUACUUCUGGGCUCGGAGGCCAUCCGAACUUAUAAGUCAAACCCUCACUUCAGUCUGGGUCCGUAUAAAAUCCCUACCUGGACCUCUCCAUUGCUUGCCUGCGCUGUGCUAUCCAUCCUGGUGUCCAAUGUCAGCUUCCUGGGCCACCUAUGUGCUAUCGCCGUGGGCUAUCUAUUUGGCCUCGGGUAUCUCAAGGUCUUUGUUCCACCAGAGAAGGUCCUUCGGUGGAUCGAGGGCAAGCUCAAUCUUUUGGGCCGUCUGCCUCAUUAUGUGUCCGUCGACCAGAAAACCUUCGGGCGCUACGGGCUCUUGCCCACCUCUGCUGGCGCAGCAGCAGGCAACGGGAAUCAGGUUCCCAUGAACUACCUCGGGACCUCUCAGCGACUUGGGGGCGCCGCAUAG